UUGGAGUUUGGAAUAACGACCAAUUAUAAUUUAUUCUCUACUCUCUAGUGAAACGAACAAAUUGAUAAACUGACCACUGACGGGAUUUCCAUUUUCCAUCGGAGACCGGAGUGUCUUGCUUUAUACGUAAAACUGUAAAAGUGUUAAACUCUUAAACGUUGCUUACUGCAUUUUGAACAUUUAUACUUCAUUGCCGUAGCCAAAGAGUCUACAGGCGUUUCUGUAGGUAAGUAUUCAAGAUAACAAAAUCAUAACCAUGAACACGGACGAGUUAUUCGAAUUUGACGCACCCAAGACGUUCGUCAACCUAUACGAGAUUGCAAACGCCAAUUACGACGGUGCAGACAGAAUUUUUGAUUAUGUUGAAAAAAUGGAAGGUGCUAAAUCUGAACCAAAUUUGGGGAUUGUCAAAAAACCAACAGUGAAUGACAAUGAUGUUCCAGAGGAAAAUAAAGAAAAUUAUUCACCUGAUCAGUUUGAUGAUCGAAAUAUCAAUUCAUUGGCUCAUCAGUUAAUUCGUUCUGCAAAGAAGUCAAGAUCAUCAAAAUUACAUAAUAGACACUCAAUUACUGUGGAAGGAAUUGAACUAGAGUUGCCGCGGAUCAAACAUCAUGCCAUGAUUACCAGACUAGAUGAAUUGGAAAGCACACCUAAAUUAGAUUUGCGUACUCGUUCUGUUGUUAAAUCUGAGUACAAAUAUGAACACAUUAAAUCAGGUUCGCAAGAUAAUCUUAUAUUAGAUAAAAGUUCAAAAAAAUUCAUGAGUAUUGCUGAAAAAGUCAGGAAUUUCUUCAACAACACACCGCCUAGGUUUCAUUCUAAACCCACUGUCUCAGCUGGUUCAAAGGUUUUCAAAUCUAGAAGUCUUUUCCCUGGUGCUUUCGAGCCAAGUAUUAGCUCAAAUAACACUAAUAACAUUAUAGAAAAUAAACCAACACCACAGGGAAGUACUGAAAAUAAACAGAUUUCUAAUAACCUAAACAUAAAUAUUCCUUCAAGCAGUAUCAAAGUGCCAAACAAAGCUCAAAAAAUAAAAGUUCUCAACUCUCAAGGUGGAGUUCAGGUGGUUGAAAACAAAGAACUUGCUCAUGGUGGUAUUAGAGUUCUUGAAAAACAAUUGCAUACUAUUCCAAAACCAUUUAGUUUUGAAUCUCGUAAAUCUGUUGCUGUUAAACCUCAAAGUGUGAAAGGUGCAGAGCAACAGUGGUCAUUUAAAGCCCGUCCUGCUACAGUCUUAAAAAAAAAACCAUUUGUUCCAAAGCAUGAAAAAAAAUAUACUGAACCAAAAAAUAUACGUUUAAAUACUGAAAGACGUGCUCAAGAAUGGAUGGUUUUUGAACUUGAAAUAAAGGAGAAGUUUUCACAGUACGAAGAAAAUACAAGAAUGAGACAAGAAGAAAUGAAAAGAAAAGAAAUGGAUUUGAUCAAAAAUAUGCGACAACAAACUAUUCAUAAACCAGAACCUAUCAAAAAAUAUAAGCCAGUGUUAAUAAGAAAAUCUGGAAGACCUAUUACUGUACCACAAAGCCCAAGGUUUUCAAUCCGUCCAAAUAGAAAUUGUUUAAAUUCCAUAAGUGAACAACUUUAAAUAUUGAUACCGUGAAGAAUUAAACAUGAAUAUCAAUAUUUACUUAUAUAUUAUACAAUUUUUUUUUAUCAUAAAUAUGUUUUUAAAAUUCUUUAAUCUUUUUAUUUCAUAGUAAAAACUAGUUAGACAAAUAUAUUGUAAAUAUCAAAUGUAUUGAUUAUAUUGACUGGGAAUAUCAAAAUGAAUAAGUGGAAAAAUUUAGCUUUUAAUAAAACAUUUAAACAAGAAAGGUAUAAUGAAUAUUGUUUAGUUUAAGUUGUCUUCUGUGUUUUACAAAAUUGUAUUAAAAUUUCUAUUUAAGCUUUUUAAUGAUGUAUGACAUAUCUCUUUUAAUAAAUUAGCACUUAUUUUGUACUUUA